AUGGAUUCCGAGAGCAAUGCUAUGGACCAGGAGCACUUCUGUAGAGGUUCCAAAUCUGACAGUCAAGUGUGCGAUUGCGAAGAAUUCUUUGCUUGGUCACAGGAUGAAGGCCACUGCGUGGAGUGUGGUCAUGGUCGCAGCAAACACCCUCGCAAGGCAUCGACUCGGAGUGGCAAACCACUGGAAGUUCAAGAGGAUGAACAGCCUCACCGACUUGGAAAUACCUCAGCUGUCAUCAAGGAUAUUUUUGACCGAAUUGCUAGUGGUGGCAAAAGUGUCAACGAGAAGUUGUCCACCACCAAGCGACUCACUGAAGCCGGUGUACCACUCACCAAUGCCCGAGAGGAAGCCUUAUCGACUCUUUCUUCUACCCGACUUGCUGGUUACAGUAAGCUGGCUAAGGGCCCAGUGUCAUUGGGCUUGCGAAAGGAUCGCAAGGAUACUAUGAGUAGCUCACUGCAACCUAGUAAAAUUGGAAGCCAAGCACGCAGGAGCACUAUGUCUAACCUUUCCACAACCGGAGCUAACACUUUUCGUGUCACAUCAAUUGCUCUAUUGACUUGCGGUGUCAAUAGAAACGGUCUCAUCAGAGUGCCUAAGGCCCCAACCAAGAAUGGCCAGAAUGAAAUCCAGGCUAUGAAGAACCGGGGUUGUUACCUUGACCAGCCUGAGCAAUUUAUCAUUGAUAGCGGAUGCUGGUUUCCUAAGGUAUUCGAUUUUCUGGAUAUCCCAGUUGAGAAGCGACCAUCAGCGCCAUCACGAUCAUUAGCACGGCCGACACAAGACGAAAAGCCUAUUUGGCGACUCCUUAACAAGAGUGGACAGACAUUAACGGUUGUCGAUGUUGCAUUUCCGACUGGGACUGACCUAAUGAAACACAAGGGCCGAGAUAAAGCAAGUGUCAGCGAGUGUCACCUGUGGUUUGUCAUAGCUGGUUCGUAUUCCGAACACAAUGAUUGCAGUGAUGUGCUUUUGUCUGACGUGGACAGUCUCAAUGAUUCGUUUAUCUCCAAGUCGGACAAUGAGCUUGUGAGUUCUUUGAUGGAACUGGAGUUGACUGAUGCUGAAGUCGAGGAUCCCAAAGGCAAAGGAAAAAUGAAGGUUGUAUCGCCAAAGAGAACUAACAUGAAACGAACUCGCACAGUUCUUUCCCCUGAGCAAUCGCCAUCGGAGAAUCAGCUAAUGAUGUUGAAGCUGCCGUUCACUUGUUUUUUUACGGAAUCUGGGCCAUCGACAGGCUCUCAGCCAUUUCUGUUGACUCAACUUGCUCAGUCCAAUAGCCUCAAAAUGGUGUUGUUCCGUAGCAGUCCACUUGGAGUGCCAGCUGGUACUGCCAUUUAA